AUGAACAAGUUGAAUUCGAGCAAAUAUACAGUUAUUGGCGGUGGGCUGCUCAUAGGGUCGUUGAUUGUGUCGUUGGUACUUUUCGUGAGCAGAAUUGACCAGGUCGACAUCAACAAUAUCCGCCUAAUGCACCAGCAGCGUCUCACGAAACAGGAGCGGAACAUCGCGAAGUUCGCAAGUGAUCAUCUGGCCAGUAUUUAUGCCUCAAAGCCUGCUUCUGAGGAUUUGGAAGAAGUAAAGUGGACGGCUCAUAAAUAUGCCGUCUCUUUGUCGGAAAGCGCUCCGCAAGAGCUUUAUGAAAGUGGUAGAGCGGUUGUACUGACGGCUACGACCGAGAGUAUGCCUGAUCUGUUGAUUUACAUUCAAUGGCUACGGAUGAGAGAGGCUGAUAUUCCUAUUGAAGUGUAUCUGCCAGACUGGUCGCAUUAUGAACCUGAUUUGUGUGCCGAUAUGCUUCCUGGCCUUGAUAUCGAAUGCCGCGUUUUGACCGACAUUUACGGCGAGUACCUGCUGCGGAACUCAGACUACAAACCGUCUACAAAGUAUUUGGCCAUGCUUGCAUCCAAAUAUGAUGAUGUGGUCUAUUAUGAGCCCUUUUCGCUGCCUUUAUCGAGCCCACAUUCGGUACUGGGAGCUGAUGCGUUCAACAACACAGGUCUGGUUCUUUUGGGAACAGGUGAGCAGGCUCGUUUUGAGGCUGGCGAUAUCGAUGUCGAAACCUGUGACCCUUCGCAGAUUUUCCUUUCUAAAUCAAGUCAUUUAUCGACCUUAUUACUGGCAGCUUACUAUGAAAUGUGGAGCUUGAGCUAUAACGUGCCUUCCGCGGCGGCCAAAAUCCUGGCAAAUGAUUUUCGUUUUGCUGAAAACAAGGAAAACGCUUUUGUUUUGGACGACAAAGUUAUUGCCUGGCACCCGGGUGCUCUGAGCUUCGAACCGGGCCGCCAUUUCGGAAAGCUUGUGGACAUCGAACGGCUUUUGAAUACUGACGUCGAUAUUGAAUUUAUACUCUGCGAUAUCGCUCGGCAUUUAGCCUUCUAA